AUACAUAUUGCUAACACAUGCAGUGCAAAUGCAGGUAGCACAGUACCGACUGCGGCUGGACUACUAACUUGGAGCUCUGUGCUUCUGCUGGCCACUGGGAAACUCUUGAUAAUAUUAAUCUGAUCUCUAUAUAUAUAUUAAUUAUAAAGAACUUUGCAAAGAAGCUUGUCAUUUGGAUGCUACAGCGCAUGGAUUAUACUGCUAAAUUGACUUUCCCAGGGAUAUCAUAAAGGAAGAACAGUGAGGAUUUAUAUAAAUAUUUUUACCUCCUUUGGGGUGACUGAGAUUUUUUUAUAUUGUUUUUGGGAUUUUUUUUUUAUUUUUUGUGUUAUUUUUUUUGCAAGACAUAAAGAAAACCCUGCUUGCUCUGGAAUUAAAAAGGAAGAAAAAGGCUUUGCUCAGCAAAAACACGUCGGAUCCUUCAUUUACUGAGAAAAUCAGAGGCGAGUUAUUCAUCUAGCCACUGGUAGAAGAGAUCCUACCUAUCCGAGGGGAGAGUGACUUAUUGUCCACAAACUGUCCCAGAAACUGUGAGUAUGAACUGAAAAAAAGAAGACAGGGAAAAAGUGAAGAGCAUUAUGAAAGGAUAACAGUGUACUGAAAUACAAGUGCAGCAGAAGCAAGUGUGUAUUACUAUCUGAUCAUCCAAAGAGGGCAAGUGAGUGUGUAAGCAUGAGGACUGCUGGGGCUCUGAGCUGUUGGGGCUGCUGCCUGCUCUUUCUGGGAGUAGCACUGACUUUGGCAGCCCAGAAACAGGUGCUCAAGUACCGACUGGCCGAAGAAGGGCCAGCGGAUAUCCGGAUAGGAAAUGUGGCUUCAGAGAUUGGGAUAUUGACAGGCUCUGGGGAGGUGACCUUCAGCUUGGAGUCAGGCUCUGAGUUCUUCAAAAUUGACAACAUGACCGGGGAGCUAAGUACCACUGACCGCAGGAUAGAUCGGGAGAAGUUACCCCAAUGCCAGAUGAUUUUUGAUGAGAAUGAAUGCUUUAUAGACUUUGAGGUGUCAGUGAUUGGACCCUCACAGAGUUGGGUGGAGCUCUUUGAGGGCAGGGUGGUCAUCCUGGACAUCAACGACAACACCCCAACUUUUCCUUCCCCAGUUCUCACGCUGACUGUGGAGGAAAACCGGCCAGUUGGGACCCUCUACUUGUUGCCCACAGCCACAGACAGGGACUUUGGUAGGAAUGGCAUUGAACGUUAUGAGCUCAUCCAGGAUGCCAGUGAAGGCUUAUAUGUGUCCAGCAGGCGUGGAAGCUCUGGGGGAGAGAGCUCCAUUUACCCAGGCAAGAGGAGAAUGGAGACAGACAGCAGGAAUAGUGUGUUUGAGCUUCAGGUGGCAGAUACCUCUGAUGGUGAGAAGCAACCACAACUCAUUGUAAAGGGUGCUUUGGACAGAGAACAGAGAGACUCUUAUGAACUAACUUUGAGAGUGAGGGAUGGGGGUGAUCCACCUAGGUCCUCUCAAUCCAUCCUCAGAGUUCUCAUUACGGAUGUUAAUGACAACAGCCCAAGGUUUGAGAAAAGUGUGUAUGAAGCAGACUUGGCUGAAAACAGUGCUCCCGGCACCCCCAUUUUACAAUUAAAAGCCACAGACUAUGAUGUUGGGGUGAAUGGACAAAUAGAGUAUGUUUUUGGAGCAGCUACUGAAUCAGUGAGGAGGCUACUUCGACUGGAUGAAAACUCUGGCUGGCUUAGUGUCUUGCAUCGGAUUGACAGAGAAGAGGUCAACCAGCUUAGAUUUACAGUUAUGGCCCGGGACAGGGGACAGCCACCAAAAACAGACAAGGCCACAGUGGUUCUCAACAUCAAAGAUGAGAAUGAUAAUGUUCCUUUAAUAGACAUUAGAAAAAUUGGUAGGAUCCCAGUUAAGGAUGGAAUGGCCAAUGUGGCAGAAGAUGUACUGGUGGACACUCCUAUAGCCUUGGUGCAGGUGUCUGACAGGGAUCAAGGUGAGAAUGGGGUAGUCACCUGCACUGUUGUAGGUGAUGUGCCUUUCCAGCUGAAACCAGCAAGUGACAGUGAGGGGGAACAGAACAAGAAAAAGUAUUUUCUUCACACAUCUGCCCCACUGGACUAUGAGAAUAUUAAGGAAUACAAUGUUAUUAUUGUAGCUGUGGAUUCAGGAAGCCCCAGUUUGUCUAGUAAUAAUUCACUGCUUGUAAAAGUGGGUGACACUAAUGACAAUCCCCCAGUUUUUAGCCAAGCAGUAGUGGAGGUGGCAUUCCCAGAAAACAAUAUACCAGGUGAAAGAGUUUGCACUGUAAUAGCCACUGAUGCAGACAGUGCUAAGAAUGCAGAAAUUGCAUAUUCACUGGAUCCCUCUGUGGCUGGGAUCUUUUCUAUACAUCCAGACACUGGGGAUAUAACUGUUAAUAUCGUUUUAGAUAGAGAACAGAAUGACAGAUAUGAAUUCAAAGUUGUUGCCAAAGACAAAGGUAUCCCUGUUUUGCAAGGAUCUGCAACAGUGGUAGUGCAGGUCGCUGACAAAAAUGACAAUGAUCCCAAGUUUAUGCAGGAUGUCUUCACAUUUUAUGUGAAAGAAAACCUGCAGCCUAACAGCCCCGUUGGGAUGGUGACAGUGAUGGAUGCAGACAAAGGUCGUAAUGCUGAGAUGAGUUUAUUCAUAGAAGAGGAUAGUGGUAUUUUUUCUAUUGAAAAUGACACAGGAACUAUCUAUUCAACUAUAUCUUUUGACAGAGAGCAUCAAACUUCUUACACAUUUAAAGUAAAAGCAUUAGAUGGUGGGGACCCCCCAAGAUCUGCCACAGCCACAGUGUCCCUAUUUGUGAUGGAUGAGAAUGACAAUGCCCCUACAGUUACAUUUCCAAUCAACAGUUCCUACACUGUGCUGCCACCCUCAAGUAAUGUGAGAACUGUUGUUGCUAGUGUACUGGCAAGUGACACUGACACUGGAGUCAAUGCAGAUCUCAACUACAGCAUUGUGGGAGGAAAUCCCUUUAAGCUUUUUGACAUUGAUUCUACCAGUGGAGUUGUAUCUUUGGUUGGAAAACUGUCUUCAAAGCAUUAUGGGCUUCACCGAUUAGUGGUCCAAGUGAAUGACAGUGGGCAGCCCUCACAAUCUACAACAGCUCUGGUGCACGUGUUUGUCAAUGAAACUGUCUCUAAUGCCUCUGUAGUUGAAUCCCAGAUCACCAGAAGCUUACACACCCCAUUAACACAGGAUAUUGCAGGCGACCCAAGCUAUGAAAUGAGCAAGCAGAGGCUAAGCAUAGUCAUUGGUGUCGUUGCUGGCAUAAUGACUGUCAUACUUAUUAUAUUAGUUGUGGUAAUGGCAAGAUAUUGUAGAGCAAAAAAUAAAAAUGGUUAUGAAGCAGGUAAAAAAGACCACGAGGAUUUCUUUACCCCCCAGCAGCAUGACAAAUCUAAAAAACCCAAAAAAGACAAGAAAAAUAAAAAAUCUAAACAGCCACUGUACAGUAGUAUAGUGACAGUAGAAGCAUCUAAGCCAAAUGGACAGAGAUAUGACAGUGUAAAUGAAAAGCUGUCAGACAGCCCCAGCAUGGGAAGAUACAGAACUGUGAAUGGUGGUCCCGGUAGCCCUGACCUUGCCAGGCAUUACAAAUCUAGCUCUCCACUACCCACUGUGCAACUUCACCCUCAGUCACCUACUGCUGGGAAAAAACACCAGGUUGUGCAAGACUUACCACCAGCCAAUACAUUUGUAGGAGCAGGAGACAACAUCUCCAUUGGAUCGGAUCACUGUUCUGAAUACAGUUGUCAGACUAAUAACAAGUACAGCAAACAGGUCACUGCACACUUCUCCUGUGAACCUCAGCUGCGGUCUUGAGAAUUAUCUGUCUAACAGAGCUAGAAAAAUGUGAUUGUGGGACUAUUUUUGCACACAGAGUUAUUCUAAUCAAUGUAUAUAGAGUGACUCUGCUGCCUAAAAUUUUUGAAAGAAGCUUCAAGUCAAGUUGCAUCGGAAACACUGGAAAACCUUGAAACCAUUUAUAUAUACAUUUUAAGAAAUAUACUCUACUAAAGUGUUAGUAUUUACUUGCCUUAUAACAAUAUGGAUUUCACAAAGCAAGACUGUGGAAUACCUAAGGAAUUCAUCGUAUGGUUAAAGUUUGCAAUCAAAAGGUAUGCUGUAUGUAUAAAUGGUUCUAUUAACCCUUCCUUGCCUUUUUUUUCUGAAUGCUUACAUCCUUUGUGAUUUCUGGACUGUAUAAUAUUCUAAUGGUUUAUUAAAUGUUAUGUAUUUUUCUCGCAACAAUGGACUUAAGAGGAACAAACUUAUAAAAUGCAAUGUUUUAAGGAACAUUUUUAUUUUCUUAUUAUAAAAUAAACAAGUAAAAAAAUAUAUAUAUUUAUUAUAUAAAGAUGAUUAUUUAUUAUAGCCAUUUAAAGUACACUUUACUGAGCUUUAAUUUUUAAGGCUUCUAAUAAAAAUUGUAUAAUGUGUGUAAAGCACUGCAUGCCUGCACAAUGCAAACAGGAACACCACUGAAAUUCAAGCAACUUAUUGUCUUGCUGAACUUACAGAUUUAAUGCAUUCUAGCAAUAGUGAGAUAAACACAUAGAUUAUUAUAUUUGUUUUUGUAACAUACUCGGACGGCAUAGAGCAAAGGUUCGCUACGCUUUUUUUUUUUUUUUUAAUAGCCAAGAAUGCCAUAGGUUGCGUUGAUGGGUAUACACACACCUGAGUUGGGCUGCAUCGUUGCCAGUCCACUGAUUUAAAACAUUUUUUUUUUUUAAAUAAUAAAAAAAAAUACAGAAAAGGCAUGUGUUUAGUUUUCAAGAUGUGCAAAUCAGCCAUUUUAGUACAGAUUUUUUUUAAAAAUGCACUGACCUUUUCAGUUUUGAGUUGGUUUCUUUUAUUGUGUUUAAUAGAUUUUUCUCCAGACAUAACAUAGAAAAAAUACAAUAUAAAUCAUAUUAGUAUAUAGGAUGGGAAGACAAAUUAGUGCUUGAUACUUUCCAAACACUAUUUCCUGUAUCUCUAUUUCUCUUAAGUGAGCAGACAUGCCAACAAUGUUUGGUAAGUCAAGUCUAAAUGUCUACUUUUGAUUAACUGUAAUGAGUACUCUCUAUAGCCAAAUUUACUUUUUACUCUUAUUGACAGAAUGAAACUUUAUUUUUACAAACCAUGGAAGAUUUCAGCACACAUUUGUUCUGUGUUAUGUUAGGAAUAAAGUAAUUUACUUUUUCACUGCAAUACUGUACACAUUCUUUACCUUACUGAUAUUGAGAAUGUGACCGCUGGUGAAAUGGUAGUUGAACAAAUUUGUGUUUGAGGAAAAUCGUAUAAAUUUAGGCCUUGUAGUAUUUAAUGUUUUGCACAAAAUGAAACACCAUUUUUCUUUAAAAAAAAAAUGUCUGCAUUUAUUAGUGGAGUUCAAGUAACUAUACUUAACUCAGGACAAAAAUGUCUAUUUGCAUAAAAGCUAUCAGAAUUUAACUUUAAGAAAACUAAGUAUUAAUAUUCACAAACAAUAUAUUUCUAUAAAUAUCUGGUGAUAUUUCAGAUUUAGUAUUAGUUGUAUUAUCCCUUUAAGAGAUGUAACCGUUCUUGUAGGCAAGGUGCGUGGAAGCAAAUGCGUGACUUAACAUACUGUGAGAAUAAGUAGAAAGAUAAAUCAUCCAAAAGUUAAUGAGAAUUUGGAAGAUGUUUGUGCACCGAUAUACCUUUUAAUGCUGCUAACAGGAUUUGAUAAGUAGCUCUCAGAGGAGGUGAUUAAUCAAUGUUACCUCUUAGUGUUGCAGCGUGGGUCAUUGCACCCCUUCACUUGACAUGAAAUACACAGAAAGGCCACGUUAUCCUAUAAAUGAAUUUGUUGAAUCAUCAACACAGUAUAACACAUUUUUGCUCAGGUUAUUUUUUUUUAAAAAUCAAGAAAGAAAAAAAAUCACAACUAUGGUUUUAUCUAUGUAUUUUACAUUACUUUCUGUCUUAGAUCAACAUUUUGAUAUUUAUUUUUCCUUUGAUUUCACACACGGAAAGGCUGCCAUAAGCCAAUUUUUUAUUUUAUAUGUCUGAACUGAGAAUAUCAAGUAUUUAAGAAAUAUAUUGCAAAAUAAAAGAAAACAAAAACUUUUUAUUGUUGAAAAAAAUAAAAUAAUUUUGAUGUACUUGCAAAUGCUGUGCACAUUUGAUGAAUAAAGUAAUGAUUUGUAUUAAACUUUAAAGAA